CUUUCUAUCCUUUAAAACCUCUUUCAUGUUUCAACCCACCUUUCCAAUAUUAUUCUCUCUCUCUUCUUUUCUUUUUUCUUUUUUACACUUCUCUCUCUCUCUCUCUCUCUCUCUCUCUCUCUCUUCUCCUUUUGCAUGCUUUCUUUGUACAACCCAUAUUUUCAAUAUCAAAUUUUAAUUAGCUCUAAAUGAAUUCUUGAACUUGGCUCCAAUUAGAUAAAGCUCUCUCAGUGGAAUUAAUGGCUCCAAGGUCAGGCAGAGGGAAGACCAAUAAAGCUAAAUCAGACAAGAGGAAGAAAGAAGAAAAAGUUGUACCUAGUGUUCUUGACAUAACUGUGAUCACCCCAUAUGAAACACAGGUCAUUCUCAAGGGCAUCUCCACUGACAAGAUACUUGAUGUGAGGAAGCUGCUUGGUGUUAAUGUAGAGACAUGUCACCUUACUAACUAUUCUUUCUCUCAUGAGGUGAAAGGACACAGACUGAGUGAUAGGUUAGAGGUGGUGUCUCUAAAGCCAUGUUUGCUGAGAAUGGUUGAAGAGGACUACAGUGAGGAGGGGCAAGCGGUGGCGCACGUGCGGAGGCUACAGGACAUAGUAGCGUGCACAACUCGGUUCGCCAAACCCAAAGGAGGAAGAGCCGCCGCUCCCGCCAUCGCCGCCGCCGUCGCAGAGGGUGGUCGAUCCAAGAAGACCCAGAAGACCAAUGGAGAAGUGGUCCGAGCCAGUAAUUCAGAGCCGAUUUCAGAGGGUUGCUACGAGAUGGCGGCGAUUCAUCCCAUACCAAAGCUCUCUGAUUUUUACGACUUCUUCUCUUUCUCUCACCUCUCUCCUCCUAUCCUACAUUUGAAAAGAGUGGAUCGUAAGGAUGAGGGAGAGAGGCGCGACGGCGAUUAUUUUGAAAUGCAGAUUAAGAUAUGCAAUGGGAAGCUAAUACAUGUGGCUGCAUCAGUUAAAGGGUUCUACACUUUGGGAAAGCAAUUUCUACAAAGCCACUCCCUUGUGGAUCUUCUGCAACAGCUCAGCCGAGCUUUUGCAAAUGCAUAUGAAUCCUUGAUGAAAGCUUUUGUAGAACACAAUAAGUUUGGUAAUCUUCCAUAUGGUUUUCGUGCCAAUACAUGGCUUGUCCCUCCAUCUGUUGUUGAUUCUCCAUCAAACCUCAUGUCCUUACCAGUGGAAGAUGAGAAUUGGGGUGGCAACGGUGGAGGCCAGGGAAGAUGUGCUGAAUUUGAUCAUAGACUGUGGGCUACUGAUAUUGCAAUAUUGGCAAGCCUUCCUUGCAAGACUGAGGAGGAGAGGGUGGUCCGAGACCGAAAGGCUUUUUUGCUUCAUAGCUUAUUUGUCGACGUCUCAAUCUUUAAAGCUGUUUCUGCCAUACGCCAAGUCCUAGAUUCCACUAUGAUGGAAAAAGAUACAUUGAAUUCUUCUACAGGCUCAAUUUUGCAUGAGGAUCGUGUAGGGGACUUGUCUAUUACAGUAAAACGAGAUGCGGCAGAUGCAAGCUUGAAGUUUGAAAAGAUUAUUGGCAGUGAAUCAUCCAGUAUCUCUUCUAAGAAAGUCACUCAGAGAAACUUACUUAAAGGGGUGACUGCCGAUGAGAGUGUAGUUGUCCAUGAUACUUCCUCACUGAGUGUUGUUGUUGUAAGACAUUGUGGAUACACUGCAACUGUAAAGAUCAUAGGUGAUGUGAAGAAAGGAAAGUACAUGGCUCAAGAUAUUGAAAUUGAUGAUCAACCAGAUGGAGGAGCCAAUUCGCUUAACAUUAACAGCUUGAGGGUUUUGCUACAUGAUUCAUGUAGUGCCGAGUUAUCUGGAGGCCACUCACCUCAGUCUAAUUCUGGUGAUCUAGAAGUUUUGAGAUGCCUGGUUCACAAAGUAAUUAAAGAGAGCUUGAGUGAGUUGGAAGAUAAGCCAGCAGUUUCUGAGAGGUGUAUCAGAUGGGAACUUGGUUCUUGCUGGGUGCAACAUCUACAAAAGCAGGAAGUGCCGACAGAUAACGGUUCUAAAAGCCCCAAGGAUGAUAAUGAGGCUGUACCUGUUGUUAAAGGACUUGGGAAGCAAUUUAAAAUGCUGAAUAAGAGGGAAAAGAAGCCAAGUAGUGUGAGUAGCACAGAUGAUAAUGUCGAAAAUGAUUUCAGAGCCAGCAGACUGAAUGUGGAAAGCAGCAUGGGAGAGCUAAAUAAUUGCGAGUCUAACAGUGAGGCUGAGUUGAAGAAGUUAAUUCCUGAAGAAGCCUUCUUGCGACUGAAAGAAACUAGGACAGGCCUUCAUCUAAAGUCUGUGGAUGAGCUCAUCAAGAUGGCACACAGUUAUUAUGAUGAAGUUGCUUUGCCUAAGCUGGUAACAGAUUUUGGGUCACUUGAACUUUCUCCAGUUGAUGGACGUUCCCUAACUGACUUCAUGCAUCUAAGGGGAUUGCAAAUGUGUUCUUUGGGCCGUGUGGUUGAACUUGCAGAGAAACUUCCUCAUAUACAGUCACUUUGUGUUCAUGAGAUGGUCACUCGAGCGUUCAAGCAUGUACUUAGAGCUGUUAUUGCUUCCAUUGACAAUAUGGCGGACUUAUCUGCAGCGGUAGCUUCAUCCUUGAAUUUCUUGUUUGGGGAACAUAACGAACAGAACAUGACUGAUGAUCAUGUUCUCAAAUUGAAAUGGUUAAGAACAUUUCUGGACAAAAGAUUUGGUUAUAGUCUGAAAGAUGAAUUUGAACAGUUGAGAAAAUUAUCAAUUCUUCGAGGACUUUGCCAUAAGGUUGGCUUGGAGCUGGUUACAAGAGACUAUGAUAUGGAAAGCCCUAACCCUUUCAAGAAAUCUGAUGUUAUCAGCAUGGUUCCUGUCUGCAAACAUGUAGGAUGCUCAUCUGCUGAUGGGCGGACUUUAUUGGAGUCAUCCAAGAUUGCACUGGAUAAAGGAAAGUUAGAAGAUGCUGUUAAUUAUGGAACAAAGGCACUAGCCAAAAUGAUUGCUGUGUGUGGUCCCUAUCAUCGGGCAACUGCAAGUGCAUAUAGUCUCUUAGCAGUAGUGCUUUACCACACUGGAGAUUUUAAUCAGGCAACAAUAUAUCAGCAAAAGGCUUUGGAUAUCAAUGAGAGGGAACUUGGGCUUGACCAUCCAGAUACAAUGAAAAGCUACGGGGAUCUUUCAGUUUUUUACUAUCGUCUACAGCACAUCGAAUUGGCUUUGAAAUAUGUCAACCGUGCUUUGUUCCUUCUCCAUUUUACAUGUGGAUUGUCUCAUCCAAAUACUGCUGCAACUUAUAUAAAUGUGGCUAUGAUGGAAGAGGGUAUGGGAAAUGUUCAUGUCGCUCUCAGAUACUUGCAUGAAGCUCUUAAAUGUAAUCAAAGAUUAUUAGGAGCCGAUCAUAUACAGACUGCAGCCAGCUAUCAUGCAAUAGCCAUAGCUCUUUCAUUGAUGGAAGCGUAUUCCCUCAGUGUGCAGCAUGAACAAACCACACUACAGAUCCUUCAAGCCAAACUGGGACAAGAAGAUCUUCGUACUCAGGACGCUGCUGCAUGGCUUGAAUAUUUUGAAUCAAAAGCCCUGGAGCAGCAAGAAGUGGCACGAAACGGAACUCCAAAGCCAGAUGCAUCCAUUGCUAGCAAAGGCCACCUUAGCGUAUCAGAUCUCCUUGAUUACAUAAGUCCUGAUCAGGAUUCGAAGGAAGGAGACUCACAAAGGAAAAGACGAGCGAAGAUUAGUGAUAAAUCCCAUCAAGUGCAGCAUGAUGCAAUAAGCAAUGACACUGUGACUCGUGAUGACACAGAAGAUACUGUGGCAAUAGCAAAGACCAAUACAGAGGAGGAUAAGCUGGGCACACUUCUUCCUGAAGAACCCAAGGACAGUGAUGUCUCUAGAUAUGAUCUUACCGUUACUAAUGAAGUUUCCCAAGGAACAAGCUCUGAUGAAGGAUGGCAAGAAGCUAACUCAAAAGUGCGGUCCACAAAUAAUGCUGGCAGAAAGUUUGGCCAAAGGCGGCCAGUUCUUGCUAAGCUAAACAUAAACAGUUCUGAACAUGCUAAUUAUAGAGACAGCAAUUACAGGAAGGAAGCGGUUCCACUGGCACAAAAGGCAAUGCCAAAGACCUUGUCAACAGAAUGGUUUUCGCUGAAGCAACCAAAGGCUCAUAGCUUCAGUGCUGGAGAGGAUUGGACUAAACUGCAGGUGAAAACUUCAAGUUCCCUAGUUUCCCCCAUCUCAGAGUCCAAAAUUUCCCCCACUCCUGCCACUCUCACUGCUAUGGCUUCAAAAUCUUUGUCAUAUAAGGAGGUAGCGGUGGCACCACCAGGUACAGUUUUGAAGCCUUUGGAGAAAUUUGAAGAAUUGAGAGAGGAAAAAACUGAUACACAGGUCUGCAAUAAUCCAACUGAGACAUCAAAGGAGGAUGAAAACAAUGCAGUUGCUCUAGAAGAAGCUGUACCAGAUAAUGAAAACACAAAAGAUGCUCAUGAGAGUGGAACUGAGUUGGAAAUAUCUGCCCCAGAACUUGAACAGACUCCGUGUUCAAGUAACGAAGAAAAAACUGUAGAAACAAAUGGGAGCAAGCUUUCUGCUGCAGCUCCGCCAUUUAAUCCAGGUGCCCUUCCUUUGACUCAACCGUUAAACUCAGUUGCGAUGACAAGUGUUUAUGAUGUAAUAGCCACCCAAGGCAUGCUUGCAGACCCGGUGGGAUUCCCUCCAGUUGCUGCUAGAGUUCCUUGUGGGCCUAGAUCAGCUUUAUAUUAUAGAGCGAGCCAUUCUUUCCGCAUGACACAUGGGUGUUUGAAAUCCCAAAGUACCACCAAGGAAAGAAGUGGAUUCAGUUCUCCAAGAAUCAUGAAUCCCAAUGCACCAGAAUUUGUGCCGAGAAGAGCUUGGCAAACAAAUGCAGGAAGUGAAGAUUCAGAAGUUGAAAAGGACCCCGAGUCUGUGGUUAAUUCAAAUAAGGAGUUUUCUGAAGAAGAGAAACAAGAUGAAAAGGUUACUGGUGGCUUUGAAAAUGACAGAUUGAGAAAAGGCAGUACAGAUGCAGAGAAGUCAGAGCUAGCAAGGCAGAUACUGCUCAGCUUCAUUGUAAAGUCAGUUAAAGAUGACUUGGAUCCUGCAAGCAAGUCUACGGCUGGUGUGAAAAAGCCGGAGUACUCAGAGAAUUCUUCGGAAGCAAUUGCGAAUGACAGUGCAAUCAUCAAAAUUCUUUAUGGAAAUGAAGGAAAGACGGAAUUGGUUUCUCAAAAUGGUAAAAGUGAACAGCCGAAAACAGUAGAUGUAAAUAAGAAUAAGAACGACGACACUGAAGGAUUUGUAGUUGUUACAAAGCGGAGGAGAAACAGGCAGCAGUUUACAAAUGGGGUAAAUGGGUUGUACAAUCAGCAAUCUAUUUGUGCUUCAGUCCGUUGAAGAGCGAGAGUGAGACCGGAAAACAAGUCACAGACUCGCAUGAAGGUGUUCAUAUCUCAGUUCAAAUCCGGAAUAGAUCAAUUACUCAGUUCAUCAGAAUUUAGAAAUUGAAAUGUUUGAGAAACAAUGUAGGAGGUUUUCGCUCGCUCAGUUCUAAUUUUAUUCAUCGAUAAUCCCGCGUGGGAUGUUAUAAUAAAAUGCUUAGAGAUUGGCAUUUCUCUUGCA